AUGACAUAUCUAUGCAAAGAGAUGCAAAGGUUUGUGAGAAAAUAUAAAUGUGUUCGUCAAUGCUCUCAGUUUUUUCUUAGACAUAGAACAAGAAACUUUGGCAAUAGCAGCAAGAGCGACCACUCUGUAGUAGUGGAAGGCAAUGCAAAUUCUCGAACAGUAGUUCUCAACAGACCUUCCUCGCUCAAUGCACUCAAUACUUCUAUGAUAAAAAGGUUACACACACUAUAUGAGAGCUGGGAAGAUGACCCUAAUGUAGGUUUUGUGGUAAUGAAGGGAAAUGGUGAUGCUUUUUGUGCUGGAGGCGAUAUACUUGCCAUGCGUAAUAUGAUCAUUAAAGGCGAUGUAGAAGGAAGCAAAGAAAUUUUUUGGAAGGCAUAUAACUUAAUAUAUCUUCUGCAUACAUAUUUAAAGCCAAAUGUGGCUAUCUUGGAUGGAAUUACCAUGGGUGGAGGUGUUGGAAUUUCCGUUCUAGGAACAUUUCAGAUUGUAACGAACAAAACUGCUGUUGCUACCCCGGAGGCAACUAUUGGUCUUCACCCAGAUGCUGGUGCUUCCUUUUUCCUUUCACGUCUUCCUGGUUAUUUAGGGGAGUUUUUGGCUCUAACAGGACACAGGCUCAAUGGAGUCGAAAUGAUGAUGUGUGGGCUUGCUACACACUAUUCCCAUAGCAGGAAUAUACCCUUAAUUGAAGAAGAUCUCAGGAAUCUGAUAACCAAUGAUCCAAGUGUCAUUAAGACUACUCUUGAUAAGUACACCGACUUAGACUAUCCACAUAACAAUAGCAUUUUCGAUAGGAUGGAAACCAUUGAUAAAUGUUUUGGCCAUGAUACAGUUGAGCAAAUUAUUGAUGCCUUGGAAAGAGAGGAUGCAAAAACUCAUGAUGGGUGGUGCUGUUCAGUCUUGAAGAAACUGAAAUACGCUUCGCCAUUAAUCUUGAAUGUUUCCUUGAGAUCAAUACGAGAAGGCCGGUAUCAGACUCUUGAAGAAUGCCUAAUUCGUGAAUACCGGCUGACAUUGCGCGCCAUUUCGGAUAAUAUAUCAAGUGAUUUUUGUAAGGGUGUCCGAGCACGCAUGGUGGAUAAAGAUUUCACACCAAAGUGGGACCCACCGAGCUUGGAGCAUGUAUCGCAAGACAUGGUGGAUCACUACUUCUCUCCCCUUGGUGCAUCUGAGCCUGAACUAGAGCUGCCUAUACGACGGCUAGAGGCUUCUGAUAAGCAAGUGCUACAGAUUUAAAGUUAGGGGACUACGUACACUAGUGCACCUUAAUAACUUAGAACCUUUAGAUUUCU